AUGUACCUGUCCUCAUGUAUUUCAGAACUGUGGGCUUACCUCCAAGACGGGCUAGGAAAACUUCAAGCAGGACAUGUGUUCAAUCAAUACAUCCCCAAUCUCGACUGGCACGCGAUGAGCGUCGGAUACCCGUUGCCCUCGGUCUUUAAGGAUCUCGUUCGAACCAAGCCCACCGUGAUCGUUUCGGAGACUUCAUCCGACGACGACCUUCUCGCCCGUGUGUUGACAAUCCUGGAGGUGGAUAGACCGGAUUUCGAUGAGGAUCGACCUCUGAUAUCAUACGGCUUGGAUUCCCUCACAGCCACCCGAAUAUCAGCGCUGCUGCAGCCAUUUGGCUCAGUAUCGCAACUGCAGUUACUCGGAGGCAUCUCGUGGACUUCCGUGCGCGGCAAAUUGUCUUCCUCAAAAACCACCCCGGAAGACGUCCUGCUCGAGUUCCUCGGUGUUGAUAAGAAAGAUUUCGAUUCUUCGCGCCCACUGAUUUCGUAUAACGUCGGGUUUGACCGCGUCGCACAGCUAGCUACAGUCCUGAAACCUUACAUGACUGUAACCGAGCUGCAGCUGCUAUCGAACAUCUCCUGGGCCCAAUUAACAGCCUCGGGCCCUGCACUCGACAUGGAGCAGACCUACGUCGAUCUCCUACCAGGCGAAGGAACACCGCUGUUCGUCUUGUUCGGCGCGGCCGGCGUCCUCGGCUCGCUGCUCGCCCUGCGCACCCACCAUCACGCAUCAUCCGGUCCGCUUUACGGCGCGCAGAUCACGUCGGCCACACCGAUCGAUUCGUUCACCGGGCUCGCGCAAUUCCUCGCGGCGGCAAUGCGCGAAAAGCAGCCCCACGGGCCGUACCGGAUCGCCGCGUACUCGCAGUCGUGUCUGCUCGGGAUCGAACUGGUGCGGGUGCUCGAGGGGGGCGGGAAUGUCGUGGAGCAUCUCAUCUUCCUCGACCACUUCCCUGCGAUGUUCACCGUGGACAAGUUCGCGCUACUGGUCGAGGAUCCGGCGGCUGGCGAGCAGCUUUUCUACGAUCACACCGUCAAGACGAUUAUCUCGAUGUUCGACAACGACCCGCUGUACGCUUCGACUGAUCGGGGAGACGUCUGGCGGGCGACGGUCGCGGAGGGCAAGGGUCCAGCAGAUGUGAUGCAGAUGCUUUCGUUGACGUCCCAACUCAACAAACCCGUCCUCGAGUUUCUCAGUAGUCUCGCGCUCGGCGACGACGGCGUGCGCUCCUGGUCUCGAUUCCUGGCCGCUUUCGAGCGGUGGGUUGCCGGCACAGCAGCCCAGUAUACUUUGAUGGUGGCCGAAUAUGGCAUCCGCUCGACGCUCGCUGAGUCAGACACCGAGUUCCGUGCGAAUCUUGGGGUCGGUCGGUGCGCGAAGAACGUCGACGUGCACUUCUUGAACGGAGUGGGGCAUUUCGGAGUCAUGGGGUCCAAGCAUCUGGCGGAUCUGAUCAGUGUGACCCUGGCGAGACCGUUAGUCGUAGCACGAUGUGAUUAG